AUGUUAAUUGACUUUAUAUCAUCCAUAAAACUUCCAGUCAGCAGUGGCUACAUAAAGUUUUGGGAGAGUCAGAAGUUACAUGUGUAUUUUCAACUACUGAUGACUUAUAUGUCUUCUUUGACUGCAGCCAGAAAUGACAUGGAGCCCAAAUAUCAAUUUCAGAGAUGUGAAAGAGUGAAAGGAAGAUGUAAAACAUUUUGUGAUGAUGAUGAAUAUGAUUACGGAUCCUGCAUAAAAUGGAGAAAUCAGUGUUGCAUAUAA